UCGGUCACGGUCGGUGGAGAAGCGGCCGCUCCCGGAGCUGAUCGGGGGAUGGUUGUUUUCCAUACAUCUCACAAACAUGGAAAAACUAUAUCUCGCUGUGUGUUUACUUCCUGGGAUUCUCUAUUCUGCACAUGGUAAAUUCCAAGUUAUUGGCCCAGUGCAUCCUGUCAUAGCCGUCGUGGGUGAAGAUGUGAGAAUGGACUGCCAGGUUGUGCCAAGUGAAUCGAGUCGCAACAUGGCACUUCAGUGGCUUAAAACAGACCUCAACUCUGCAGUUCACGAGUUCAGAAACGGAAGAGAUGCAACUGUCAAUCAAGAUCCUGGCUACAGAGGAAGGACUGAGCUGUUUAAGGACCAAAUAGAUAACGGAAAUGUGUCCCUUCGAAUAAAGAACGUUCGAGUAGCCGAUGAAGGGAAAUACAUCUGCUCAGUUGAUAAUGGAAUUGAUUUUGAAGAAACGUCUAUUGUCUUGAAAGUUGCAGCUUUGGGAUACGAGCACUGGAUCAACAUUGGAGGGUACAGAAAAAAUGAUAUUCAACUUGUCUGUGAAUCUAAUGGAUGGUAUCCUAAACCAUUGAUACAAUGGAUUAGUGGUGAUGGAAAGAAUUUGACUUUAAAGUCUGAAAUAAGUUACAACCAGGAUUCCAAAGGCCUGUUCAAUGCCCAGAGCAAGAUUUUUAUAUCAAAAGAUUCAACCAGCAGGUCCAGGUGUAUCUUAGAGAAUCAAGUCCUGAAGAAAGGACAAGAAGCAACUAUCGAGAUAGCAGAUGUUUUCUUCCCAGUUGUCUCGGGCUGGCUGGUGUUCUUGAGUCUGCUCCUCUGUCUUCUGUUGAUAGCACUUGGAUUUGGCAUUUUUUGGACCAUAAAAAGACGCAAAUACAUGAAAGGUCUAGAAGAUAAAGAAUCCGUCAAACAGUAUGGCCACUGGAAACCCCUUGUUGAGUCAGAUUGGGAGAUCAUGUGUAAAAAUCGAGCCUCUGUAAAACUGGACACUGAAACAGCACAUCAACAAUUGGAGAUAUCUAAGGAUCAGAAGAGUGUGAGACUGACGAACUCCCAGACAACUGUUUCUGAAAAUGUGGAGAGGUUUACAGGCUGGGAAUGUGUGUUGGGAUCCGAUGGAUUUACAUCGGGGAAACAUUAUUGGGAGGUAGAAGUUGCGGGAAAUCACAAGUGGUCUCUCGGAAUUGCUGGAGAGAAUGCAGAUAGAAAGGGUGACCUUAUAUUAAAACCAGCGAAUAAAUUCUGGUCCAUUGGACAAAAUGAGAAAGAAAUCCAUGCAAACGAUACUGAAAAAUUGGAUAUCUCUUAUCACGAGAUUCCCAGGAAGAUAGCAGUUUAUCUUAAUUAUGAUACUGGGAUAGUUUCAUUUUACGAUGCAAAUACUAAGUCUUUCCUCUACACAUUCAAUGAGAAAUUCUCUGAGAAGCUUUACCCUUUCUUUCACACAACACAUCAGAAGAGAUGGCUGAAAAUCUGUUCUAUGCAGGAAUCAAAACCUGCUAAGCGUUCUAAAAAUAGUGUCAUUUCGCUCGUUACAAACUUCCCCACAAGGAGUGGGGAGGGAGUUCUGCGUGAGGAAGCUAAUCGGCUCUCCACAAUCCCCCUCCCCCUCCCAGCUUGUCAGCCUCUCGACUCUUCUGCUGAGAUGAGAGUGAUUCACUGCACUCUGCUGUUACUGAACGGGAUUGUCAUCUCACUCCAGGGUGAUUUUAUCCUACUUGCACCCAAUGAGCCUUCUGUAGCAAUCACAGGUGAAGAUGUUGUACUGGAAUGUGAACUGCUCCCACCAACCUCUGCCAGCAACAUGACAGUGCAGUGGCUGAAAUCAGGUCUCAGCUCACCCAUCCACGUGUACAGACACGGACAAGAUGAUCCCCUCGCUCAAUACCAGGAUUACAGAGGAAGGACAGAACUGUUUAAAGAUGAAAUUACCAAAGGAAAUGUUUCCCUCAGAAUAAAGAACGUAAAAACAGACGAUGAAGGGCAAUAUACAUGUUCAGUUGAAGACAGAACUGACUUCAAACAGUCUACAGUUGAACUGCAUGUUCUCAGUUCGGGGAGUGAACCUCGGAUUCAGAUGAAGGGAUACCAUGGAGCGGGAAUCCAGCUUGUGUGUAAAUCCAGUGGAUGGAAUCCUGAGCCAGAGAUCCAGUGGAUCAGUGGCGAUGGGAAUGCAUUAACAGAGGCUGAGACAAAGUACCACAGAGACUCGGGUCUUGUAAAUGUUGAGAGCAGUGUUGGAGUAACGAGGCAAUCAUCAGGCAAACUGAAGUGUAUUAUCAGGAGUCAACAUUUGAAAACAGAACAUACAGCAAUUAUUACAAUAUCAGAUGAUCUCUUCCCUGCUGUUCCUGAAUGGGUCCUGCCACUGGUCGUCACCAUUUGUGUUGUAAUUGCUGCAAACUCCACUGUGAUUUAUUGGAAUGUGAAACAAAACAGACGCAUAAAAGAGCUGGAACUUCAGAAAUUCAUCAUAGAAUCUGGACAAUGGAAACCCCUUGUGCAGUCAGAGUGGAAGAGGAUAUGUGGCCAUGAAGUCUCUGUCACCCUGGAUGUGGAAACAGCGAAUCCGUGGCUUGAGGUGUCUGAGGAUCGGAAGAGUGUGAGACGGACCGGGACCCGGAGGAGUUUCCCUGACACCGGGAAGAGGUUCACAUACUGGGAAUGUGUGCUGGGGUCAGAGGGAUUCACAUCGGGGAGACAUUACUGGGAGGUGGAGGUGACGGGGAAUCGGUUGUGGAAUUUGGGAGUCGCCGCAGAGUCUGUCGACAGGAAGGGAGCGGUCAGAGCGAGUCCGGAGACCAGAUUCUGGAUCAUCGGGCGGAUUGAUAUCGUGAUGAAGGUUUUCACCUCCCCUCGAUCCCGUCUCCCUGCCGGUUCCAUCCCCGGGAGGGUGGGAGUUUAUCUCAGUUAUGAGUCCGGGACAGUUUCAUUUUACAACGCGGAGACCAAGUCCCCUCUCCACACCUUCACUGGGAAUAAAUUCACGGAGAAACUUUAUCCUUUUUUCUGGAUUGGGAAUGAAAACGAGUCGCUGAGAAUCUGCUCCGGUUCCGCUCCAGGUCUGUAAAUGCAGUGGUCCCCAACCACCAGGCCGCAAAGCAUGUGCUACCGGGCUGCGAAGAAACGAUAUGAGUCAGCUGCACCUUUCCUCAUUCCCUGUCAUGCCCACUGUUGAACUUGAACUCACGCGAGGUCAUUACCCACGCGUCAUCCAUGUCAGCGUGGAAUUAAGUCUCGAGCUUGCAAAUGAUGGCGGGCUGAAAGGUAUGUUUGACAUAACAUCUCUGCUAGCAUUCUGGAUCAAAGUCAAGGCUAAAUAUCCUCAGAUAGCCAGGAAAGCACUGAAAACGUUGCUUCCAUUUCCAACAUAUCUCUGCAAAGCAGGGUGUUCUGCAGUGAAUGCAAUGAAAACUAAGUUGCGGAAUAGACUGGAUAGAAGGAACUCCCUUCGAGUAUCGCUGUCUCCCAUCACCCCUCGAUGGCACCAUCUUGUUGCAGGGAAACAAGCCCAGGGCUCCCACUGAUUCAGCGAUAUUGGUGUGUUGCAAUGAUUUUAUAUGUUCAUAUGGGGAAAAUAUGUGCUGUGUGUUUAAUAUCCAAAGGUUAUUUAAAAUGUUAUGAUGCUAGUGACUUACGAGUGACUUAUAAUUGACUUAUCACUAUAUUCAUGCGAGGAAAAUAUGUGCUGUGUGUUUAAUAUUAAAUUCGUUAGAUAAACCCUUUUAGAAACGAAAUUGAGUGUAUUAGCCACUUAUAAGUGACUACCGCGUGUCUGCUGCGGCUCCCGAUGGCGGUUCGAGUCCCGCGUGUGCUGGCCGCCACUAUAUAUAUAUAUUUUUUUCUCUCUCCUUUUUCUCCCGCUGUCCCUCUCACUAUGCUCCUUGCCCAUUGUCUGGGCUUCCCCCCUCCCCCUUUCUUUCUCCCUAGGCCUCCUGUCCUAUGAUCCUCUCGUAUCCCUUUUGCCAAUCAACUGUCCAGCUCUUAGUUCCAUCUCUCCCCCUCCUGUCUUCUCCUAUCAUUUCGGAUCACCCCCCUCCCCCUCCCACUUUCAAAUCUCUUACUAGCUCUUCUUUCAGUUAGUCCUGACGAAGGGUCUCGGCCCGAAACGUCGACUGUACCUCUUCCUAGAGAUGCUGCCUGGCCUGCUGCGUUCACCAGCAACUUUGAUGUGUGUUGCUUGAAAUUCCAGCAUCUCCAGAUUUCCUCGUGUUUGCGUAAUGUUGAUAUGCUCCUGGAUUUCAUUAUUUUCUUCCCUGACUUCACCAGCUUUCAUGUCUUUAUACUUCCUUGAAUCUUUGCCCAUUUCCCAUAGCUCCACACAGAAACCUCAUUGAUCCUAAAGGGGAUCUGCUCUUCCCCCAGCUACUCCUCUGCUAUUAGGCUGGGUUAUGAUACUUUUCUUCACUGUACAAGAAAUGAAACUUCUGUUAAUGAUGCAUUCAUUUUUUGAAAAAAACAAAUAAGAUUGUUUGGAAACAUAUCUUAUUUCCCACUCCCUCUCUAUCUAUAUCUUCUAUUCUCUCAUGCCUUGACUUAUUCAUAAAUUGAGUUGAAUUGACUUUAUUACUUACAUCUUUCAUGUACAUGAAGAGUAAAAAUAUUUAUGUUAUAUCUGUCUGUGUGCAAUU